GUCGUCUUCGACCAUGCUCAAAAUAUAGGUCUGGUACAACACAGACGCUAGUGAUGAAACUUAAAGAGUUAGAGAGUUGUCUUCAGCAAGUGGACGCAUUUGAAGAGCCGAAAAUCCUUCUAGAGCAAUAUCCAACCAGUCCUCAUAUAGCAGCAUGCAUGCUUUACACAAUCCACAAUACAUUUGAUGACAUUGAGGGUAAACUAGUGGCAGAUCUGGGAUGUGGCUGCGGCGUCCUCAGCAUUGGGGCUGCGAUGCUUGAUGCAGGUUUAUGCGUUGGCUUCGACAUCGACGACGACGCACUGGACAUAUUCAGAAGAAAUGCAGAGGAAUUUGAGAUUUCUAACGUGGAUCUGGUCCAGUGUGACCUGUGUUCCCUGGAGCCGGAUUCUUAUGCCAAAAAGUUUGACACUGUAAUAAUGAAUCCACCAUUUGGGACAAAACACAACCAAGGAAUGGACAUGCAGUUCCUAAAGGCAGCCUUGACAAUGGCAAAGACAGUAGUGUACUCACUUCAUAAAACAUCAACACGAGAGCACAUACAAAAGAAGGCUAAUAACUGGGGAGUAAAGAUGGAAGUAAUAGCGGAACUAAGAUACGACUUGCCAGCGUCUUACAAGUUCCACAAAAAGAAAUCGGUUGACAUCCAGGUGGACUUCCUACGAUUCUCCAAAGCCUGAAGUUUUCACUGGAAUGGAUUUAAUGUGUCUCUGCAUUUUCACUGUAU